GGGACUUGAGCAGGCGCAGGCGAAAUAGAACGAAAACCGGAAGCUUGUCGGUUAAGGAAAAAAAGAAAAAAGGGGAGAAAGAGCGGAAGUUGGUCGGAGGAAAUAUCUUGACACGGACUUUAAUUCUCUGUCGAGGCGUCGCGGUCUGAAGGUCUUUAGCAAUGGUGAAAAUAUUUGUGGGGAACCUGCCCCGAGAGGCAGACCAGGACGAGAUCAAGGCACUCUUCACUCAGUACGGAACGGUCACAGAGUGCGCCAUCAUCAAGAACUACGCUUUCGUACACAUGGAGGACCGCAAGGAGGCCACCAAGGCCAUCAAAACACUGCACCUGUACAAGCUCCAUGGCACGCCGAUCAACGUGGAGGCCAGCCACGGCAAGAACUACGGCUCGGUCAAGCUGCACGUCGCAAACGUGGAGAAGGGAGCCGACGACGAGCUCCGCACUCUCUUUGAGGAGUACGGCACAGUCUCGGAGUGUGCCGUCGUCAAGAAUUUUGCUUUUGUACACAUGUCCAACUCCGACGAGGCCAUGGAUGCCAUCAAGGGACUUGACAACACUGAAUUCCAAGGGAAACGCAUCCAUGUCCAGAUUUCCAAGAGCCGUCCCAGACAAGACGAGCGAGAAGACUACCCGCCUCCCCCCCCAGACAGAGGUGGCUACUGGCCCCCGCGCUAUCCAGGAGAGAGGCCUGAGCCUCCCCCACCCGGCUACCUAAGAGGCCGCCUUGGCCAUAUGCCCCCAGGUUACCCAGCCCCUCCUCUGCCGCCCCCUCCGCCUAGGCGAGCCGUUUAUCCCGAGCGUCCCUAUGAGGGUGAGAGGGAAAGAUUCGGUGUGGUAGAUUACUACGAGAAAUACAGAGCCCGUCCGUAUGGCAUCGCCUCCUACGAGGAUCAACAUGGCGGCGCCCCUCCUCCUCCCCCUCCCCCCGCAGCCGUCGUCCGAGACCGCCUUAUGACCCCCUCGCUUGACCCGUAUGAGCGUCGACCCCUCCCUCCUCCUCCGGCCUCGUACUACGCCCGAGAUCGCAGCCCCCUCAGAAGAGCGCCUAACACGCCAAUGCCCCCCGCCAGUAACGGCUACUCCUACGAGCGCUCCCGACUCUCUCCGGUACCCCGGGUCCCAGCAUACGGAGUUCCACGUGCCAGGGACCCCUACGCAGAGCGGCUGCCCCCGCCACCGCCUGCUCGCUACGCUUAUUAAGCAAAGCCUCGGCAUGUGAAGGAAUCGUCGUUCGACUGCGUCGCCGCUCGCCCGCCUCCUGAUGCACGUGACACUGUCCACUCCAUGUCUGUGGCUGAGCGCGUUACGUUCCCCUAAGAUGCUCACAGGAGGAACCGAAAUGCCGACGUCCACGUCUGUUUUUGUUUUAAUUAAUUAAUUUUUUACACUCGUUUUUUCCCCCCCCUGAUUGUUUUAGUUUCAUUGUGCUGUAGUAUUUUUAAUGCUUGACGUCUUGAGUUAGGCGUUUUUUUUAUUGUAUUCUUACGUUUUGAGUAAUUAGUCUUCUGAUGUGGUUUGUAACUUUAGACAGCUGAACCAUUUCAGCAGCAGUUUCUAGGCGAUACUUGUGACUGUAGUCGUAAUUGAACUGAAUCAUAUUUGGUAUUAAAUUUAGUCUGCACGUUGGCUCAUCUUGUUAAACCUUUCCAUCGAAAACUAAACCUCCUUGUGGCGUUUCUGUGAAAAUUUAAACUGCUAAGCUGUAGGAGUGUGACACAUGUAGAAAGUAACUGUUAACAGUGCAGUUACCAAAAAAGCGUUCUCAUGUACCUGUCCAUUGUCGACCCUUUUUUAAAUAAAACGGUUUUGUGCAGUAA